ACGGGCAGGAAACGGUCCCUGGAAGGGGGCAUUGGUUGAUAAUGAGCCAGGACGUUUGGAUUCAAGAUACUGGGUAGCUGGGAGUGAUGCUUAAGGGUUUGACCAAAGGUAGCAGGGCCUGGAAAGCCAUCCUUUUGGAUUCUAUUGCUGGAUGGGCAGGAAUCAGGGGCGGUCGCCUGAAUACCGGUUCUCACGAGGUGCUGGAGCAGAUGUGGAACGUGGAGUCACGCAGCGCCUUCAAGCCGGUUUGAGACGCCCACGGAAGCCACAGCUUCCCGGAUUGGCUGUCCUUCCGCAACGUCACGCGGCUCCGCCCCGGCGCGCGUCCUGCCGCGUGCCCACCCUCGGGUGGCUGGUGCAGCCUACGCGACCUCCUUCACUGCCUGCCACCCGCGGAGCCCGAGACGGAGCGGGGCGUCCGGCCCGAGGUGGGUCGCCUGACCCUCGGCGGCGGGCGAUGCUUCGGCUGCCUGAGCAGCCAUGGAGGCCGAGGCAGGAGGCCUGGAGGAGCUGACGGACGAGGAGAUGGCGGCCCUAGGCAAGGAGGAGCUGGUGCGGCGCCUGCGGCGGGAGGAGGCGGCGCGCCUGGCGGCCCUGGUGCAGCGCGGCCGGCUGAUGCAGGAGGUGAACCGGCAGCUGCAGGGUCACCUGGGCGAGAUCCGCGAGCUCAAGCAGCUCAACCGGCGCCUGCAGGCGGAGAACCGCGAGCUGCGCGACCUCUGCUGCUUCCUGGACUCCGAGCGCCAGCGGGGUCGGCGCGCCGCGCGCCAGUGGCAGCUCUUCGGGACGCAAGCAUCCCGGGCGGUGCGCGAGGACCUGGGUGGCUGCUGGCAGAAGCUGGCGGAGCUGGAAGGCCGCCAGGAGGAGCUGCUGCGGGAAAACCUGGCGCUUAAGGAGCUUUGCCUGGCUCUAGGCGAGGAGUGGGGGCCCCGUGGUGGCCCCGGCAAUGCCGGGGGCUCCGGCGCCGGGCCGACCCCGGAGCUGGCCCUGCCCCCCUGCGGGCCCCGCGACCUGGGCGAUGGGAGUUCCAGCACGGGCAGCGUGGGCAGCCCGGAUCAGUUGCCCCUAGCCUGCUCCCCGGAUGACUGAGGGCGCUGCGUCUUCCACGCGGAAGCCUGCCGGGAUUGCUCCUGGACUGCUGUGGACCUUAGAACCUGGGCUGAGGUCCCGGGAUGGACUGAGAAGCCCCUAGUACUGAGGAGGGCCCUGCGCGCUGGCUGGCCGGGGCAGCCAGGGGCGUUGGGGGCAGAAGCGGAGGGACUUGGUGGAGGGGGGGCUGGGUGGGGACUAAUAAACUGGGAAGGAAGCGGAGCCCGAAGCCUGGGCUUCGUGUGUCUGGAACUCGCGGGGGUUGGGGAAGAGGGCGGGAACCCGAAGACCAGGUACCAGUCCCGUCCAGAGGGACUGCAGAACUAAGUUGGCUGCCUCUCCAUUACCUCGCGUCUGGGGUGGGAUUUGAGACGGUGGUAAAUCGCUGACUCCCCGUGCCAAGACAGGCCGAAAUCCGGCCCCUGAAGCGGCUCCUUCCCGGCUCCUUCCUGUCCCAGACAAUGGAGCAGGAUGCAGGUGCUGGGAGCCUAAAAAGCCCACUGAGCCGCCUACUCUGACGGUGGAAGGGGGUAGAACACCGUCCCUUCCCCUUCCCUCCCUGCCCUUUAGGCAGGAGCACUAUGGGUUCUCAAGAGGAAACUGAUAAUCUUUGCACUCCAUAGGAUUUUCAGCCUCUUGGUUCAAGAGAUGACUCAGCAGACGUAGCCCCAUUCCUCAGAUGAGACAGUCGAGGUCCAAAACUAUAUAGUUUCCAAGGUCACGCUGAGACUGGGACGUAAGGCUUCUGUUUCAAAUGGUCUCCUUUAGCCUCUCGGUCCAACAUGACACUGAGACUAGAGCUUCAAGCCUUUUAUUCCAUUUUGGACGAUUUGUAUAAAAAUAACCUCUUUAGGAAAAUAAAUAGCAGCUUCCCUCGC